AGAGGCUGGUGUGUGAGUGAAGUCAGGAGCUGUCGGUUUGGCCGCGGUGCUGUUGAUAAUACUGGGAUGAUGAUGAUGAUGCAGAUGAUGCAGUGGCUGGAGACGAUGGUGCUGGCUUUAUUCCUGCUGCCGAUGGUGUAGGGGCUGAUCCUGUGUUGCAGCCUGCCCUCCCCAGCCAAACACCCAGACGAACACAGAGAGGGAGAGAGAGAGGGAGAGACACACAGGCAGACACCCUGGUUGUGCGGGGACGAUGGCAGAGCAGUGCUCCGGCACCCCGGCAGCAGCGGCAGCAGCGGACUGCGGUGCCCCAGUGCAGCCGGACGCGGAUUGCCAGGAGCUGUCCCUGGAGCAGAUCCUCAAACUUUACAACCAGCCCCUGAACGAGGAGCAGGCUUGGGCCGUGUGCUUCCAGUGCUGCAGCACUCUGCAGCGGCAGCGGCAGCGGCACCCUCCCGCAGAGCCGCCCGGCGACUGGCACCCGUUCUGGGGCAGGCUGAGCGGAGCCAGGUCAGUCAUCCUGCACCGAGAUGGCAACAUCAGCAUCCGGGCCGACCCAGAUAAAGGGGAAACAAGCCGGUGUACAGAACCAGAGGUGAUCGAAUCGGUGGGAAUUCUUGUUUACAAAGCCCUGGACUGGGGCCUGAAGGACAACGAAGAGCGGGAACUCAGUCCGCCAUUGGAACAUUUGAUUGGCCGCAUGACAAAUAUUCUGGAUGAGGGAUUGGGGACGGAAGGAAACCCGGAUGAAGGGUACGAUGCCCAGGACGAAGAGGAGGAGCAGAAAGAGAUCAUCACCAUAAGAAAUUUUAGCCACGUAAAGAUGUUGUGUGCUGCUCACUUGACAACCUCGUCGGAGGCUCCGAACCAUUACCAGGCUGUGUGCCGGGCACUGUUUGCGGAAUCCAUGGAAUUACGCACCUUCUUGGCCAAAAUUAAAAGUGCUAAAGAGAAUCUGAAGAAGCUGCUGGAUAACAAGGGUGAAAGCAGCCAACCCAAUAUGGAACUCAGUGAGCUCAAUAACUUUGACUGGGCCUGCUUCUGGGUGCAAGUGAUGAGAGAUUUGCGGAAUGGUGUGAAGCUGAAGAAGGUGCAAGAGAGACAAUACAACCCCCUGCCUAUCGAGUACCAGCUCACACCAUAUGAAAUGCUCAUGGAUGACAUCCGAUCCAGAAGGUACACCCUACGCAAAGUCAUGGUUAAUGGCAACAUCCCUCCCAAACUGAAGAAAAGUGCCCACGAAAUGAUCCUGGACUUUAUUCGCUCAAGACCUCCAUUAAACCCCGCAUCUGCAAGGAAACUAAAGCCACAUCCACCCCGCCCUCGGAGUCUUCACGAAAGAAUAUUAGAAGAAAUUAAGUCUGAGCGAAAGCUGCGGCCAGUGUCGCCCGAUGAGAUCAGACGCAGCAAAUAUAUAAUGAGGCCACUUAGCAUGUCUUGCAGUUUUGACUUGUCAGAUGUGACGACUCCAGAGAGGAGCAGAAAGACCUCACCGCUACCUCUGGCCAAUGGUGCAGUUAUGUCUCAAACUAUUGAAAAUGACGCCCACACCUCGCAAGUGCAAAGAAGAAAACUCCUCAAGGCGCCGACUCUGGCGGAGAUAGACAGCUCUGAUUCUGAGGAGGAGAGAGUUAAGAUGUUGAGGAGCAGUUCCAGUGGAUCAACAUUUAAGGUGGAAGACAGCUCCCCAGAGACUCCAAAUGGCAAAAAGACUCCUGCAAUGUUCCUGCCCAUCUCCUCAACUCCGCAGCCUGAACGAAGGAAGCAGCCUCAGAGGCGACACUCCAUCGAGAAAGAAACGCCAACCAACGUGCGCCAGUUUCUCCCUCCAUCACGGCAGAGUUCCAAGUCUCUGGAGGAGUUCUGUUACCCUGUGGAGUGUCUGGCACUGACUGUGGAGGAAGUGAUGCACAUCCGACAGGUCUUGGUGAAAGCGGAACUAGAGAAGUACCAGCAGUACAAAGAUGUCUACACUGCCCUGAAGAAGGGAAAGUUGUGUUUCUGUUGCCGAACAAAGAGGUUCUCAAUAUUCACCUGGUCGUACACCUGCCAAUUCUGUAAAAGACCGGUGUGUUCACAGUGUUGUAAAAAGAUGCGACUACCCUCCAAACCAUACAGCAAUCUUCCAAUUUUUUCCUUGGGACCAUCAGCCUUGCCAAAAGAGGGGAAAGUGUUGAAGCCAGAGAAGCCAUCAAGCAGUCGCCGUCGACAUGAUGGUCAACACAAGGGUCUAGUCAGACUGCCGUCAAUGUCCAAAUCUUCUGAGAGGUCAGCCGACAGCCUAGAGUUUCCCAAAGAGCUGAUGGAGGACUGGAGCACGAUGGAAGUUUGUGUUGACUGUAAGAAAUUCAUCUCCGAAAUCAUAAGUUCCAGUCGGCGGAGUCUUGUCCUGGCGAACAAGCGCGCCAGGUUAAAACGGAAAACUCAGUCUUUUUACAUGUCCUCAACAAGCACGUCAGAAUUUCGACUGGCAGCACCCAAGGAGAGAACUAUCAAAGAGGUUUAGACUCGUGCCUUUUUAUUUUUGUCCUUCUUCCUGAAGCUGUUUUCUGAACAGGCAUCACAGAACAAAAUAACUGGAAAUGGAUCUACAGAUACACAGGAACACUGAUUAUGCUAAAAUUCACAAGUAUCUAGCUUUCAUGUAUUAAUAAAGACAGGGUUCAUUUGUAUGGUCAUAUCUUUGUGAAUGAGUCUUAUCAAACAUGAAAUAAUGUAAGUUACUUGUAUAUAAUUGUAAUAUAUUUUAUUAACAGGAGGGUUUGGGUCCCACUGACAUUGGGAGUGGAUAUCUAAUUCCACUUGCAGCAGUUAAAAAUUGACAAUGUGUAUAAUAUUUCAUAUGCGCGGUAUAUGUACAUGGAAUAUACUACAGAAGAUCUUAGUUUAAUCUUGAACAUCUUCCAAGGUAAUAAUCUUAUAUGAUGCAGGCAUUUUUUUUAACUUAAACUUUGUGUAAUGGUUUAUAGGUGAGGGAGAAAGAUAGUUUUGGGUAUGAAGGGCAAUGGGAGCUCACUUGUUUUAUAAUUUUAAAAAAAAGGCGCUUUUAUUUUUUAACGGCAUAAUGAUGGAUUUAUGGCACAGCCCCUCUUUGAUUUAAUGAAAGCACCAGAAAAUUGUCAGUAUUUGUCAAACUGAUGUUAGGUCUGUAUUGAACACUUGAAUGCCAGCUUAUACCAGACAGUUUUUGCACUUAUAUGAAGCACUUGAUCGACGCUCUCAUUUGAAACUCAUUUUCUCCAUGGAAGUAGAUCAUAUGAUCAUAAGAAUUAGGAGCAGGAGUAGGCUAUUCAGCCCAUUGAGCCUGCUCCGCCAUUCAAUAAGAUAUUAUUGUGGUCUUAAGUCCACUUUUCCAGAAGUAGCAUUGUGACCAGUGAGCUGAUCAGACCAGCUUGGCACAAUAAAUCCAUAGAUAACCCAACUUGUUGCCUUUUCAGUCUUGGCUUAUUGGUGAUUAGCCUGAAUACUUAAGGAAUGGAUUGCCAUAACUUCCCAACCUUUCCCUCCAUUCCCCCACUGUGCACCUGUAUGUGCUGCAUUAUAUAGUUUCUAAGUUAUACUGUAGAGCUGCUGUGAACAAGACAUGCCACUCAGUUCACUUGUACUACUGAGUUUCCUGUAUGUUCUAUGUAAAUGCAAUGACCGUCAUGCAUUAAUUAAAA